UGUCCAAUCUACCUGUGAUCCUAAUCUUGCCAGGGAGAAGAGCUCACAGCCACAGAGUCACAUACAUCCAACACCCUCAAUCAUGCAACCCACCAUUCCCACACACAUUUUAUAAUACUUGCAAUAAAAACGUUCCCCUCUAUAAUAUUAUAUAUAUAUAUAUAUAUAUAUAUAUCGCCAUCCAUCCUCCGCAACAUUUCCACACUAUCCAAACCCAAGAGGAAAGUAGUAGUACAUCUCGUGUCGAAACAGUGAUUUGAUUUCUCUCUCUCUCUACCUUUUUCAACUCAAUCAUCAGCCGGUACCAUGUCGGAGAGCCUGGCCGCCGACGAGAUAGUGGCGGAGCUGCGGAACGACAUCAGGGAGCAGAACCAGCAACUGGACGAGGCGUACGCCGAGAUCGACGCCAAGGACAAGCUGCUCAAGGAAAAAGACAAGGAGAUAGCCGAGCUGAAGAAGGCGGCAGCUACUGCUCAACCCGUCGGCGGUGGCUCGGCAGGAGAGAGCCUGACCGGCGACCAGAUCGUGGAGGAGCUGAGGAACGACAUCAGGGAGCAGAACCAGCAGCUUGACGAGGCGUACGCGGAGAUCGACGCCAAGGCCAAGGAGAUCGCCGAUCUGAAGAAGCAGCUUGCAGCUGGGUCCACCGCCGGCGCCGGCGCGGGAGGAGGAUCAGGCAGCAGCGCCGCCGAUGCGGAGGAGAUCAAGAAGUUGAAGGAGCAGGUGGCCAAGCUGAAAGCGGCUAUGAACGCCUUGCUGGAUGCCUAAUUAAUUAAUUAAUGGUUGAUUUGGGUGAUGUGUGAGCUCUUGUGAAAUAAUUGAUCUUUAGUUUGUUGUGAUUAUUGGAUCUCUGUGUGUAUGUUAUCUAUGUUCAAUCCUGUGUGUAUUGGUAGUUUGGCUGGCUUGAUUCACUAUGGAAUAAUGAAUGAAAGAUGGAUCUUUCUUUCAGUCUUCAUCUUUUAGCUUUAGUCGAAUUAAUUACUUGUAGUUUGAAAUGGUGGAAUUAUGUUAUGUAUGGACAUAAUUAAUUAUUAACAGAAGAUCUCUCAAAUAACAAGGGUGUGAUGCAGAUAUGGUGAAUCUCAAUGUACACAUGGCUAGCUACAGAGUUGUGACAUCGGAACGAACAAAAUUUGAAAUUUAAUUGACCAAGAAAUUAAAAUGUACUCAUUUAAAUAAAACUGUGAAAGUAAUGCCAAACCCGAUUUAAUUAAUCAUGAUCAGAGUUAGGGGUGGGCAACGGGAAACGGGUAUUUGGGUAUACCCGUAUCCGUCCCGUUUUUUAAGGGUUACGGGUACCCAUAUUACCCGUAAUAUUUUAAUAGGAUGGGACUUGGGAUUGUACAGUCCUAAUAUGGGUACCCGCGGGGUACCCGCGAAUACCCGCUUGGGUAAUAUGGGUACCCGUUGUACCCAUUCAAAUUACAAAGACAUAUAAUUCAGCCCAUGCGCCCAGGCCCAACCCAAUUCAAAAUCCAUUAAAAUUACAAAAUUCAUUUAAUUCAACCCAUGAGAGUUGAGACUCUGACGCACCCCUAGAAGACGCGAGACACGCGACGACAGGCGGCAGCUUCUCUAGAAUUUGGAAAGGUCUGUCUCUGCCUUGUGUCUUGUCCCUGGCUGGAGGAGUCGUCUUCGCGGGACGAGAGAGAAGAGACGAAAGGUCGAAACCUAGCUCGCCUCGGGCCUCGGUGCCUCCUUCAUUCACCGCCACCGCCGCCUCUGAGCUCUCCCUUCUUCUCACCCAGCAGAGCAGCAGUAGUAGCAUGUUUAUUCUUCUGGGUUUUAUUAUUUGGUCCUUUCCCCUUCCUUGAUUCCUUUUCAUCUUCAUCAUCAUCCCUUCUUUGGGUUGUAGGAAUUGGUGUAAGUUGCUACUUGUGAAGCCAUUUUGUGUUUUGAAAUGAAUGCUUUGGAUGUAAUUGACUAAUUGUCUUUAGGUAAAAUGUCAUUUAAACUUUGGGUAUUUAUGGGUAGUAUGGGUACCCGUUAUCCGUCCCGUACGGGUAAUGGGUACCCGUUUUCCAUAUGGAUUUGGGAUAUGGGGAUUGACUUUGGUCUCCAAAUAGGACUGGGUACCCGUUUAAAACGGGACGGGUAUCUCGUCCCGUCCCGUUGCCACCCCUAAUCAGAGUUGGAUUCUUUUUGUUGAUUGGAUAAAUGGUUAGAUAAUAUUAUAAAUAUGUCUUGGUCAGUUUUUUAUUUCUCAAUGAAGAAUUUAAUCUUUA